AUGCAAUAUCUCACGCAGAAAUUCAAGACAUUAUACAUUCCUCAGAAAAAUUUGAGUUUGGAUGAAGGCACAAUGCCAUGGCGUGGCCGUCUAGCUUUCAAGACUUAUAAUCCCAAUAAACAUGAUAAAUAUGGAAUAAAGCUCUACAUGCUAGCUGAAUCCAAGACUGGCUACAUCUUUGAUUUUGAAAUUUAUGCAGGAAUUGGGAAAACGACAAUUGAAGUGGUAAUGGGCUUGAUUGAACCAUUGAAGAACAACGGUUACCAUUUAUAUAUAGACAACUAUUAUAAUUUAGUUCGAUUGAGUGAAUUAUUGCUUGAAGUAGGGGUAUACACCUGUGGUACUAUCAGAAUGCUACAUGGUGCACCUAAAACCCUUCAGAUCAGUGCAAAGGGUGAAUUGCCGGUAGAUAAAACUGUAUUCAAACGGAAGGACAAUACUUUCAUAAUUUUGUGGAAAGAUAAGCGAGUUGUUUCACUCAUAACAACUUGCCACAAUGUAGAUACACAAGAAGUCAAACAUAGGAAACGAGUACGGAAUCGAGAUGGAACAUCUUCAGUGCAACAGGUCACUGUCAACAAGCCAAACACAAUCUGUGACUACAGUACAAACAUGAAAGGCGUUGAUCACUUAGACCAAAUGGUCAAAUAUUAUCACUUCACAAGGAAACAUCUCAAAUGGAUGAAGAAAAUGACCUUCUAUUUUUUGCAAAUGGCUAUCCACAAUGCUUAUGUGAUGUACAAAUACUACACAACAGAUAGAAGGAAACUCAUUACUUCAUUUACAGGAAGAAGUCAUUUCGGCACUACUGUUCUAUCAUCCUAG